AUGAAUAGUUUCAAUAAGUUACAUCCGGAGAUUAUUCAUACUCACAUCCUUUCACGUCUCGACGGCACUACCUUAACUGUCUUAUCCUCGGUCUCUUCCGAAUUCCGCGACAUGAUCUCCAACAACCAUCAACUAUGGAAGAACAUUUGCACCACCACAUGGCCUUACUUGCGGCAUUGGAACCUUACUCACGUUAUCUCUACCUUCCCUUGUGGUUACCGUUCCUUCUUCUCGGAUGCAUUCCCUUCCCUUCAUCAUCAGUCUCAAUGUAUUGAUCUUCCUCCCGCAAAAGAUCUCAUCUACGCCAUUGAUAUGUAUUUCCAGGGAGAGCCACAUCCCUUCUUUACAUCAGUUCAAUCUCAACUCACAGGAAAAACUUUUCACAGCUUGAACGCUAAUUAUCCUUACACCGAUCCAGAGAAUUAUUUUAAAUUUUAUUUGUUUGGCCUUAAAUAUCAGGAAAAGGAAGAGGGAUUGAAGGAUUAUUUUCAGGAGAAUUUCAGGUUGAAUUGGAUCUUGAUUGAUCCAACUCGAAAGCGUGCUGGAAGCUUGUUUCGUUCUUGUUGUAAACCGGUUUCGGUUGAACAAACAUUAACUACUACUGUGAUGGUGUACGAGACACUAAUGCUGGGGCUGCCUGCUAUUUCUACGGAGAUGGUGAAAUGUCGUGUGAAGGUUACCUGCUGCUGGAAAAGAAGAAACUGGUUGUGCGUUGUGUUUUGCGUUGUGUUUGUAAUGGAGGAUAUGAAUGGGAAGCAUGUGCCAAAGAAGAAUGCUAAUAUUAUUCUCCGGAAUGCAAUUCAUAAUGGGGAGAGGAAGAAAUUUCAUCUAUAA